GCCGCUGCUCAGUCUCGCUGCCGACUCUCAUUGUCAGUUAUACAACGGAUUCAAUUCGACCGCCUUAAAACCUCUGUGGUCACAAAAGUCUUCCUUGUAGUCUCUACUCGACCGUUCCUUUGCAUCUGAAACAAAAGCUCUAUCUGAGGUCCCUCCGCAAAUAUGGCACGUAAUGAAGAGAAGGCGCAGUCCAUGCUGUAUCGGUUUCGCGAGGCCCAAGCCGCAGAGCUGGGUCUCGGGACGCGGGCGGACCGACGACCGCGAAUGGCGAGCGCGUGCAAGAGUCUGCGGGAGUGCGAGCGGUGGCGAGGAGAGAUUCUGCGGGAAAUUAGUCGCAAGGUGUCAAAAAUCCAGGAUGCUGGUCUGACGGACUACGAGGUCCGCGACCUGAAUGACGAGAUCAACAAGUUGAUGAGGGAGAAGCGGCAUUGGGAGAACCAGAUUGUCGCGCUUGGUGGUGCGAAUUACAGGCGAAAUGUGGCCAUGGUGGAUGACGAUGGGAAGGAGGUGCCCGGGACAAAGGGAUACAAGUACUUCGGACGGGCGAAGGAACUCCCCGGAGUGAAGGAGCUCUUCACGAGCAAAAAGAAGGAAGAGGAUGAAGAGAACCAGGCACAAAGCUACUACAAGAAGUUCACGAAUCAGGGGCCGUCAUACUUCGGUGACCUGGAUGAGCAGGAUGGCAAUCUGCUAGAGUAUGAGAUGCACGCGGAGGAGGAGGAAUGGGAAGAUGCAUAUCAACAUCUACGAACAGUACUAGGGCUAUCAGCAGACGAGCCGAUACCCAAAAUCCCGCGUUCCACCACACCAUCCGACACUAAACGAAAAGCUCCAGACGAGGAUGUCGAGAUGGCUGCGAACGGCGACGCGGACGAGCCCGCAAAGAGGGCACGGACAGAUGGUCAAGCACAAGAGGGAGCAGAUGCUUCAGCGGUCGAUCCGCGAGAGGCCGCGGCCGCGUUUGCGCGUGCUACAGCAGCGUUCAUCCCCUUCCUCUCACAGGAGGAGCUGCUUCCGCCGAAGAUGCCCACAAGGGAGGAAAUGGAGACGUUCCUUCUUGGCCUCCGGAAAAAGGCCCUGGUAGAGGAGUAUUUCGGCUAACUAUCGGUGCUUUGGUGCGAUCGUGUACGAUAGGGUGUGUUCGUUCCCCUUUCAAUACUCCGUCCGAUAGGAGAUUUCCUGUAAGCGGGUCGUGCGAGCUGUACGAUGAGGGCAAGGGGCAUGCCUAAGGCUCGACUGUCCGAGGAUCAUAGACUCGCAGCUAUAUUCGACUUCCCGACACAGCAAAUGAGCAUCACCACAUCCUGUGUUUCAUCGUCCUGUUCUCGAUCGCGUGACUGAGGGUUUGCAAUGCAUGCUAAGAGGUCCGGCGCAGAGAUAACCAGGAUAAGGAGACUUUCGACUUUGAGCACGAUUCAAGCGGAUGGUUCGACGUUGUCAAUCAUACGCCCGAGUUGCGUUGCUCUUGUGGUGAUCACCAGGGAGACAAGCUCUUGUCGAGGAUGACAAUAAGAUCGCGCUUAUCAAGCUUGUAAGCUCUAUAAGCCGU